AUGAAGUUCCUGUUGUACUUCGCCGCCGUGAUCGCUGUGGCAUCCUGCUUCGGGAAGAUGAAGCAAAAACACAAUGGGAUACUGGCUCAGGCGCCCCGUAGUGUGAUCCAGUUCAACGAAAUGAUCGUAUGUGCCACCGAGGAAUGGUUUCUGUCAUCGUUCCUGAAAUACAACGGCUACGGCUGCUACUGCGGAUUGGGCGGGGACGGCGUGCCGGUGGACCCCACUGAUCAGUGUUGUAAGGAACACGAUGCCUGCUACGACGCUGCCAACGACAACGGUUGUGCGCUGCUCGACAAGUACCUUGUCGACUACGACUUUGUCGCCAGUAGGGCGGUGAAGGGUGACCCAGAUUCGUGCACGAUUUCAUGCAAGGCCGAAGAUGAAUACACGUUUUUGGACAAAAUCAACGCGGACUGCAAGGCCUACAUGUGCGAGUGUGACCGACAGGGGGCGCUGUGCUUCGGCCGCCAACGGGACAGCUUGGACGAGAAAUACUUCGGAUUGCCACAGUCUAAAUGCUAG